UUUACUGAGCUAUUGGUGCAAAUGGAACAUUUAUUCUCGUAUCCCAAUUUAUUGACUCGCGGUUCUCCUUUAAUUUAAUUCAUCUAAAAUUUUAGCACAAUUUAAUGUGGCUGUAUCAUUGCUAGACCGUGGUGAAUCAUACAAAGCACUGGUUCGACUCGCUACUUAUCGAAAAGACGUACCAAGGUCCACAAGAAUUGGCAAUAAUUUUAUCUUGUUGUGGUUUACAUACUGCUGUAUUGAUUCUGCUUACUGGCUUCCGAUUACCACCUCUUCCCAUAUGGGUACGCCGUAUUACCAGGGAAACCGCCAAUGAAGCAUGGGCGUGGUUACAGGAAAAUGAAAUGGCUGAUUUGCCUCAUCGCAAUAAAGCAGCCAAUAUGGCCCGGUCACUGUUACAAAAACUCAUUUAUGAUUAUGAGUUAGAAAAUUCUACUAGCGUACGUAAAUAUAUAGAAAACAAGCUCCUAAGUCUGAACACUUUUCUACCGCAAUAUCUAAAUAAUGACUACAAGUUGGCGAAUUGUUCUGAGCUGUUGUAUUUGUUCGUCAAACAUAAUCCCUUAAUUGAAGCUGACGAAUUUCUACAUGCACUGUUGGAAGCUCGAAGCGAAUAUUUUAGUUUUAAACAUACAAUUGCGAUUAUAAACCAGGAAAUUUUGUCUGCCAGUAAAUACAUUAGAUCUUUUGUUGCAUGGUUUGAAAUUGAAUGCUAAUUCAGAUAUGGAGUAUAAGCAGGAGCUCACAGACGGCAGGCAAUGGCAUGCCUCCGAAUGUAUUUCUGUGUAUAAAAAUAUCUGCCGUUCGGAGUCGGCUUGAAACUGUAGGUCCCUCCAUUUGGGGAACAACAUCAAGACGCACGCCACAAAUAGAAGGAGGAGCUCGGCCAAACACCCAAAAAGGGUCUACACGCCAAUUAUAUAUAUAUCAUAUAUAGCUCACAGGCGUCAUACAGACCUAUAUCGAUACCGCACGGCGCACAGCAGAGCAUAAAAUCCAAAUGGAUUAAAUAAAAUUAAUAUAAAUUUAAAUGAAAUUAAAUAAUUUAUUUUUCAAUAAAUUUUUCAAAGUUUAAGAACUUAUGUUCUAAAUACAGAUUAUAAAAAUCAAGUUUUUCUUAUAUCUUAAAAAAAAAAUUUAAAAUUCUCAUUCAUCAUCGAUUUCACAAAG